GCCCGGCCCCAGCUGCCGGGCCGCGGAGGCGCCGGGACGGAUCCGGCGGGCGGCGCGGCGCGAUGCCGACCAACUUCACCGUGGUGCCGGUGGAGGGGCGCGCCGACGGCGACGGGGCCGAGGUGGCCGGGCGCGAGGAGACGCCGGGGCCCGCGGAGGAGGACGGGGAGCCCGCCUCGCCCGGCCCGGGAGAUGGGACUCCCAGGGAAAUCAGUCCGUUCAUCAACAAUGUGGAGAUGGAAAGAGAAAGUUAUUAUGAAGGAAAGAACAUGGCACUUUUUGAGGAGGAGAUGGACAGCAACCCCAUGGUGUCCUCACUGUUGAACAAGCUGGCCACCUACACCAACCUGAGCCAGGGCGUGGUGGAACACGAGGAGGAUGAGGACAGCCGGCGUCGGGAGGCCAAGGCUCCGCGCAUGGGCACCUUCAUCGGCGUGUACCUGCCCUGCCUGCAGAACAUCCUGGGUGUGAUCCUCUUCCUGCGCCUGACGUGGAUUGUGGGUGCGGCUGGCGUCCUGGAGUCCUUCCUCAUCGUGGCCAUGUGCUGCACCUGUACAAUGUUGACGGCCAUCUCCAUGAGCGCCAUCGCCACCAAUGGUGUUGUCCCAGCCGGAGGCUCCUACUACAUGAUUUCUCGGUCUCUGGGGCCCGAGUUUGGAGGGGCUGUUGGCCUCUGUUUCUAUUUGGGCACAACGUUUGCGGGGGCCAUGUACAUCUUGGGCACCAUCGAGAUCUUCUUGACCUACAUCUCCCCGAGCGCGGCCAUCUUCCAGGCGGAGGGGGCGGGUGGCGAGGCAGCCGCCAUGCUGCACAACAUGCGCGUCUACGGCAGCUGCACCCUGGUGCUCAUGGCUGUGGUGGUCUUCGUGGGGGUGAAGUACGUCAACAAGCUGGCCCUGGUCUUCCUGGCCUGCGUGGUGCUCUCUAUCCUGGCCAUCUACGCUGGCGUCAUCAAGACGGCCUUCGACCCGCCUGACAUCCCGGUCUGUCUGCUGGGGAACCGCACGCUGUCGAGACGCAGCUUCAACGUCUGUGCCAAGGUAGAGGUGAUCAGCAACGGGACGGUGACCACCGCCCUCUGGGGCCUCUUCUGCAACGGCUCCAGUCUCAGUGCUGCCUGCGACGAGUACUUUGUGCAGAACAACGUCACCGAGGUGCAGGGCAUCCCUGGCGUGGCCAGCGGUGUCUUCUUGGAUAACCUGUGGGGCACAUACUCAGACAAGGGGGCAUUUGUGGAGAAGAAGGGCGUUCCCUCGGUGCCUGUGCCUGAGGAGGGCCGGCCCAGCGGGAUGCCGUACGUCCUCACUGACAUCAUGACCUACUUCACCUUGCUGGUCGGCAUCUACUUCCCCUCCGUCACAGGUAUCAUGGCAGGAUCCAACCGCUCUGGCGACCUCAAGGAUGCGCAGAAGUCCAUCCCCACAGGCACCAUCCUGGCCAUUGUGACCACGUCGUUCAUUUAUCUCUCCUGCAUAGUGCUUUUUGGGGCCUGCAUCGAAGGCGUCGUGCUGCGAGACAAGUUUGGGGAAGCCCUGCAGGGAAACCUGGUCAUCGGCAUGCUGGCCUGGCCGUCUCCCUGGGUCAUCGUCAUUGGCUCCUUCUUCUCCACCUGUGGCGCAGGACUGCAGAGUCUGACCGGGGCACCCCGCCUCCUGCAGGCCAUUGCCCGUGAUGGCAUCGUCCCUUUCCUGCAGGUGUUCGGCCAUGGGAAGGCCAACGGGGAGCCCACGUGGGCCCUUCUGCUCACGGCACUCAUCUGCGAGACCGGCAUUCUCAUCGCCUCCCUGGAUGCGGUGGCACCCAUCCUCUCCAUGUUCUUCCUCAUGUGCUACAUGUUUGUGAACCUGGCCUGCGCGGUGCAGACUCUGCUGCGCACACCCAACUGGCGUCCCCGCUUUAAGUACUACCACUGGACCCUGUCCUUCCUGGGCAUGAGCCUGUGCCUCGCCCUCAUGUUCAUCUGUUCCUGGUACUAUGCCCUCUUCGCCAUGCUCAUCGCCGGCUGCAUCUACAAGUACAUCGAGUACCGAGGCGCUGAGAAGGAGUGGGGCGAUGGCAUCAGGGGCCUGUCACUGAACGCCGCCCGUUAUGCCCUGCUCCGUGUAGAGCACGGCCCCCCUCACACCAAGAACUGGAGGCCCCAGGUGCUGGUGAUGCUGAACCUGGACGCGGAGCAGUGCGUGAAGCACCCCCGCCUGCUGUCCUUCACCUCCCAGCUGAAGGCGGGCAAGGGCCUGACCAUCGUGGGCUCCGUGCUGGAGGGCACCUACCUGGACAAGCACGCCGAAGCACAGCGGGCCGAGGAGAACAUCCGGGCUCUGAUGGGUGCAGAGAAGACCAAGGGCUUCUGCCAGCUGGUCGUUUCCUCCAAUCUGCGGGACGGCACAUCUCACCUGAUCCAGUCAGCCGGCCUUGGAGGCAUGAAGCACAACACGGUGCUCAUGGCCUGGCCCAAGUCCUGGAAGCAGGCAGACAACCCUUUCUCCUGGAAGAACUUCGUUGACACUGUCCGUGACACCACUGCGGCCCAACAGGCCCUGCUGGUGGCCAAAAACAUCGACAUGUUCCCACAAAACCAGGAGCGCUUCAGCGAGGGGAACAUCGACGUGUGGUGGAUCGUGCAUGACGGGGGCAUGCUGAUGCUGCUGCCCUUCCUGCUGUGCCAGCACAAGGUGUGGCGGAAGUGCCGGAUGCGCAUCUUCACAGUGGCCCAGGUGGACGACAACAGCAUCCAGAUGAAGAAGGACCUGCAGACGUUUCUGUAUCACCUCAGGAUCAGCGCGGAGGUGGAAGUCGUAGAGAUGGUUGAGAAUGAUAUUUCUGCAUUCACCUAUGAAAAGACACUGAUGAUGGAGCAGAGAUCCCAGAUGCUGAAGCAGAUGCAACUGUCUAAGACUGAGCGGGAGAGAGAGGCCCAGCUGAUCCAUGACCGGAACACCGCAUCUCACACCAUGGCCACUGCCAGGACCCAGGCCCCCUCCACCCCGGACAGAGUGCAGAUGACAUGGACAAAGGAGAAGCUGAUCGCAGAGAAGCACAGGAACAAGGACCCGGGUGCCUCUGGGUUUAAAGACCUCUUCAGCCUGAAGCCAGAAUGGGGAAACCUGGACCAGUCCAACGUCAGGAGGAUGCACACGGCCGUGAAGCUCAAUGGGGUGGUGCUCAGCAAGUCCCAGGAUGCCCAGCUCGUCCUGCUGAACAUGCCAGGGCCCCCCAGAAACCGGCAGGGCGAUGAGAACUAUAUGGAGUUUCUUGAGGUCUUGACCGAGGGGCUCAACAGGGUCCUGUUGGUCCGAGGCGGUGGACGAGAGGUCAUCACCAUCUACUCGUAACGCCUGACAACACCGAGGACAGUGCCAGCAGCCUGGAGCCAGGCUCAGACUCACCAAGACGCCACGCCGGGGUGGGGGCCGCCCU